GGCUGUUUUGGCUUCAUUUGUGCGUUUCCCCUCGCACCUUAGCUGCAUCCCUAUGUGUCGCCGAGUCCACACAUUCUCCACACAGGCAGAGGUGUGCGGGAGAAGGAGGAAGCCAAGAUACGGACAGAUAUAAAAUGUAGGCAACAAUGCCGCGUCUCUCACCGCCUCCCUCCCUUUCUUGUCAGGGCGUCGAAGAGCUGGCCCUCGAAUGUGCAGAUUGCGUCCAUGAUGCCGGCAAGGGGCGGGCGAUCACAGGGGAGGGAAGAGAGGCACUCGACGGCCAGCUCCUCGAUGUCCUUGAAGAUGGGGCGGAAGCAGGCCAGCUCGGGGUCGUCUCUCUUGUGCAGGGGCGUGUGGCCUCCCGGCAGGCUGAUGAAGGAGCCGUCCUCCGCCCUCAUCGCCGCCAGCCGCUCAGCCCAUCUCAGCGCCCAUUUGAUGUCUCGCCGGAAGGCGCUCUUCGAAAGGCGCGCCGCUGAAAGGCUGCUGGCCGCUGGGUCCUCUUGCUCGUCAGCGGCUGCCUCCUGCUGGUCGAUGUGUUUGGACAGCUCCUCGUAGCUGUUCCCCGCCACAAUGUUGAGCAGCACGAGCCCCACACCAAACGCAGCCGCCCCCUCGCCCACACGCAGGUACUCCCUGCCGUCGCCGCCGACGUACACGAGCCCCUUCUGCUCCAGCUGCUGCUUGUAGGCCUCGUAAGCCUGGCGGAUCUCGGCAGCCUUGGGGUCGGUGGAGGGGAUGCCGAAGCUUUUGUCCCACUUGGCCGACCCUCCUCGAGACAGGAGCCGAGAAAGAAGGCCAGCUCCGGCGGGGUGGCGAAAGGGGUGUGCUGCGGCUCUUGGCCCCGGGCCUCCCUCUCCUUCUCGUUGAGCACCACAUGUGCGUCAUGGCCAUGUUGCCGGCGCUCCUCGUCGCUCUCGGGGCCGCCCUGGGUGUUAGCGAUGUCGAUGGUGAUGACGCAUUCAUCGAGCGAUGGUUACGUGUAUACCCACCUGCGAAGCUCACAUCGAUCUUGUUGUCAUAGCUGCCGCGCUGUUGGCAGUCCUCCCACCUCACUCGAUAAUCGUCGGCCAU